UUUUUUAAUUUAUUUAUAUGUUUUAUUCAUUAAGGGUAUAAACGAUAUUAAUCACUCUAACUUUUAACGUGAGAGCUCGAUUCCAAAAAUUUACUUCGCAAAUAAUAGUAUAGAUAUAAGAAAAUUCAUUUGCGGUGAAUUUUAGAUAGCAUUAUUGUUUCUGUUCUCACAAAAGAAUUGUUGUAGUUUCUCAACAAUUUCCGUUGACUUCUCUCGCGGACUUUAUGAGUAAGAUUCGUUUUGGUCUUUGUAAAAGAUAACUAACUACAGUAGAAUGUAAAACACCUCCUAUAAAACUGGACCAUGCUCAACGCACUUCUUAUCCAUCCUUCGAAACGAAAGAGAAAAAGAUUAUUAUCAAAAACUGUUUAUGGUAUUCCACACAAAUAAAUUUAAACUAAUAUGGAGGAUUCGUCUGCUCUUAGCCCAAUCUCUCUUCUCACCAUUGCCACCUUCUUGUUCAUUCUCAAUCUCAUGAUGAUGAUCCAAGACUUCUCUUCAUAUUUUCCCUAUCCUCUACAGCUCUUCUUCUCUAAUGCAUACAUUCUCUUUGCAUCAACAAAAGACAUGAAGAUAAAUAUGAUCGAGCUCCCAAUCAUUAAGAAAGUUUUCGUACCAAGUCGAGUAGAUAACAACAAGAUGUCGGUGGAAGAAGUCAAGGUGAUGAUCGAUGACUCGGAAGUCUUAUAUGAACGUUUGAUAGAAGAAGGGGAAGAAUACUUACUCGAGAAGACUGAAAUGACGGGUAAGGAGAUAGUGAAGAAGGCGUUUAGACUGUUUGAUGAGAAUCAAGAUGGGUUUAUAGAUGAAAACGAGUUGAAACAUGUUUUUUGUUUAUUAGGAUACGACGAGUGUACAAAGAUGGAGUGUAGGAAAAUGGUUAAGGUUUUUGAUGAGAAUAGAGAUGGGAAAAUUGAUUUUGAUGAGUUUGUGAAGCUCAUAGAUAAGAGUUUCCCUUGAAACAGACCGAAACAAAAUUUAAUUUUAUGUUCAAACUAAUUGAUGAUGACACGUCUAGUAUACUUUCCUUUUUCUUUUUGUCGUCGUCUAAUAACGUUGUACUUGCCCAUUUCUUUUGAUUUACACUUCAUAAAAAGUUAUAAUUACGAAUAGACAACAUGCAGUAACGUAAAUUAACUUGGAAGAAUAAAUAGCGGAAUUUAUAUUCGUUAUGACUUUGUGUAGUGGUGUCCAGUUUGGUUUUGGAUGCCGUCUAAUUUGUCCUUUUCUCAGAAUAAAAUAAUAUUUAAUCUCUAAUAUAUGUAACCAAUUUAAACGGUUCACAGUUUACAGAUUUAUAGCAAUAGGUUAUAAAUAUUAAGUGUGAACUCGCGACAAGAUUUAUAACAUGUUACUUUAUAAUAUAAAGUGUGAACUCACCACAACAGAAAAAGAAAACCAUGCGAGUAUGAUUCAAUUUUAACGGUUUAUUCUUUACAGUUUCUCAUUGGCAGCACCGGCCCAGUAUAAGAUACUGCCUAAAAGCAGAGUAAAAAUUUCUGCCCAUGACAGGACUCGAACCUGACAAAAUCCUUGAUUUGAAGCAUCUAAACCAUUGUUUCUACAAGACGAUUUUCAGUAAUUGAUGCUCCUAAAACUACUAAAAUACUAGGUGAUUUUCCUAUGAUUUAAAUAUACACAAAAAA